AUGUCUUUCCAGCUGUUCUAUACAUUGUCCACCUUUCUAUCUAGGUUCUAUGGGCCCAGCAUCCUGGCAGUGACAGCCUUGGCGCUUCUCCUGGUGCUGUCUGUGCUGGAAAACUCCAGCGGUGCUCCACAGAGACUCUCUGAGAAGAGGAACUGGACUCCCCAAGCUAUGCUCUAUCUGAAGGGCGCACAGGGCCGCCGCUUCCUCUCCGACCAGAGCCGCAGGAAGGAGCUUGCAGACCGGCCGCCUCCAGAAAGACGAAACCCAGACCUUGAACUGCUGACUCUCCCAGAGGCUGCAGCCCUGUUUCUGGCUUCCUUGGAAAAACCACAAAAAGGUGCAGAUGAAGGAGAGAAUUUUGAUAAAAGUGACCUCUUGGAAGACAGACUCUUGAACUGGUGAAAACACACCAGGACACCUUCAAGUGUAGUCCUAGUUAUGGUGAAAGCCAGAACAACAUGAGGGGCCUGUGCACCCUUCCUUCCACCGGAGACACCUGCACCUCUAGGUUUAGUCCCAUGGAACUCUUGCCUGGAACAUUACCAUGUUCUACUGCUUUGACUUGACAUCACCCAUGCCCUACAUAUAGGCUUGGAUUAUACAGGGCCUUUCACGUGUCAAGGGUGAGAACUCAGAAAUGUUCUUUCUUCUCCCUACCGUCAGGCCCUGCUCUGAUUUUGGCUGUUUUUCUUAUCCCAUGAUUCCCUUGCCUUUGGUGCCACUCAGCAGCAAAUAUCACCGUUCCUCCUUUUCCCAUCCCCAGUAAGAAAGAGGGUACACCAGGAAGGGAAUGGAUAGGAUCUCCUAGAUAGUAACUCAUCUAGGAGACAUCAAUUAAAGAGGGAGGCGAGGGGAAGAUGCCUGAUAAAGCUCCCACGAAAACACAUCUCUGUCACUGUUGACACAGGGCACCAUCCAUGAUGCUGAAACCGCUGGAAGGUCUGUGAGAGCCGAGGACUGGGAGCCUCUUUGUGCACCUAGGACCUAACUGAAUUAGAAACUUAGACCUUAAGGUUACUGGCACAUAAGCAGAUGGUGAUGUAAGACUUUGCUGGAGCACAUGGCACACAAAGGUACAAACCAGUUUGUUCCAGUUCAGAGGUAGCCCAUUUUCUGUGACUUUACAUUAAGGUAUUCCCAUGACACAAGUGAGUGCCACAUGCAUGAUUUACCCUUUCCCAUGCACACACAUGCACAGGCACAUGCACACGAACACCGUGAAGGAAUUUGGGAGUAAAAUCCCUAUAGCAAAGAGACUAGCUUAUUUGGAAUUACAUCAUGAUCACUGUGUGUGUGUGUGUGUGUGUGUGUGUGUGUGUGUGUGUGUGUGUGUGUGUGUGUGUUUAAAAAACCUAUUCAAUUCAAAGUCAUUAACCAUAAGUGCUCAAGUGACAAAGUAGUGAUACUUAUUGUCCCCAGCUUACAGUUAUUACCUUGAACUAUACAGUAUCUUUAUCUAAAUACCUCUGUAAUCUGAUAUUUUAACUCAAUUGUGUUAAAUCAAACCAUGUGUAUAUGUUUUGCCUGCUUUUCAGUUCAUAAGUAAAUAAUAAAACUGUAUUCAAGUUAAUGUA